UGAAAGUUCGCCUUCCGCCACAUGUCCGCCAUAUCUACUACAUUUUCUUUCUAAUAGUGACAUUCUUAUUAUUUUAUGUUAGAUAGGGGUGUUGUGUAGAUAUUUCGUGUUGUUUUAAUUAGUUUUUGUUUACCAAUUAUACGAACCCGGGUUACCGAUCAAACGAUGGAGUCGCCGAGAAAAUUUAACGAUUGCUAUUUCUAUUAUUAUUCCACGUGCACUAAGGGAGAUAAUUGCGUAUUCCGUCAUGAGCCGUCAGCUCUAGGCUGUGAAACAAUGUGCACUGCUUGGCAACAAGGCAAAUGUCUUGAUAAAGGCUGUAAAUUACGCCAUAUGGAACUUAGGAAAAACCGUAAGCAGAUCCCUUGUUACUGGGAAAAUCAGCCUGGAGGCUGCCGCAAGAAGCACUGCCCUUUCAUGCAUAAGAAUCCCGAUGCUCGUACUGAUGGUAUAGCACCAAGCCAACCAGCGCCUAUGAUCAAUGCUCAAGCGACUAGCAAUGUGCCAGAUUCCUUAGUGGAAAGUGGACCUAUGAGUGCAAGUGUAGCCGCUGUCGCCGCAGUGCCCGCUCCCGCUCCUGCACCCGUGCCCCUACUUUGGCCACAGCAGAGACAACAAGUGGUGCUGGAUUCCGCAAUCCUAGGUGUACUGCCGGGCACGAGUGAUCUGCUGCCGCGCCGCGUAGUGGCGGCGCACGCGCACGCCCACGCACACGCGCAUGCGCACGCGCACUCACACGCGCACGCACACGAGCCGCAGCCCAGUCCAUACGCGCCGCUGCCCGUCGACCCCCUUGUCGUCAACUUCGAGGAAGAGUCUGAUAACGAAAGUGCCCCAUCCUCGACGCCUACUAAAACUCUGUCGGCGGACGACGCGCAGAAAAUUGCGCGCACGAAGUCCCAGGAACUCCUCCUCUUGGAGAAAAUACAGGCUGAAGCUGCAGCCUUCUACAGCUACGAUUCCCUCCCUCAAGCCGAGCCACCAAAAGAGCGGAAAAUUGUCCGAACUAACCUGACGACUAAAUACGACAAGUUGUCUCUCGACGAGAUUUCAGGUAAACAGCAAGCGACAGAAAGGAGAAACUCGUUAGAUUUUAAAGUUCUAUCGUUAGACGAAAUCAGAGCGAGAAAAAAAGUUUCAGAAACAAUUAUACACCAAACACCCAUUACUCUUAAUUUAAGUAGGAAAAGAAAAUUGUCAACCCACGAAACAAUCACAACGUCUGGAAAUAAAAUAAUCAAAGUUGUCAGAAGUAAUUCCAUUGUUUAUAAGAAACUUGACAAGAAUGCGCCAGCACAAACCUGCCAAGCUAAAACGGGACCAAAACGAAGCGAGGAAAUCAAUAGGAAGCGAACAUUAUCGGAACACAGUGACUUGUACGAGAUACAAAAUGAACUUGUCGAUAAUUGUUACGAGUUUAAGAGGAUUAAAAUAGCUGAACAAAUACCAAAACCUAGGUUAGUUAGAAAUAGGAGCGCGACUAAAUCGUUUAGCGAGAGUAGAGAUGAUGAAUACGAUACCGCUAGUAAAAACAAUGACUCGGACACGGAAGUACAAUUUAUAAGUAUAGAAGUAGGUAACUCAGAUUUGGCAAUAAUGACUGAUGAUGACGUCAUAGAUGUAGAAACUACUAGAAUUGCCGAACCCGUAGAUAUUGUGGACUUAUGUGAUGAAAACGAAGAUAAUGAAAUUACUGUAUCAGAUCUUGAUUUAGAUUUAGUUAAAAAUGUGCCAGAUGUUGUAGCGAGCUGUCAUAAAAAUUUAAAGAGGAAUGACAGCACAGAUAACGAUUUGCUCAAUGAUAUAGAUGCUUUUUUGAAUGAGAAAUUAUGAUCAAAGUUGUUAUUUAGAUUGUCAAUUAAAUUAUAUAGAUAAUAAAAUCGAACCAAUUGAUUAUAUCGAAUGUUAGAAUGCUAGUUGGUAUUCAAAGUACAAAAUAAAUAAAAAUAUUAGUGUAUUUAAAUUUACCUUUAGUUUUUUUGCAUGUAGGAAAUUUUAACUAAAUUAAAUGUUUCUGAAUAGGAAUUUUCAAUUAUAUAAGCUCAAAAUAAGUGAUUCGUUCAAUUAUUAAGUAAGACCAAAAUGUGUAGCCAUACCUUUAGGUAGGAAUAUUGUAUUGUGUUUCAGAAG